AAAAAAGAAAUAGCAUGACCAAUUACACAACUCGGUUAUCUUGAAGUUGAGAAGAGGAAGUUUCAUUCGUUCCCUACACUCGUGGAGGAAAAAAUCUCGAAUCGCGAAGCAGCCAUGGCUUAUGUUUCAGAUUCUUCUUCCUUGAUUCUCUUCUUUCUCUUAUGUCUCCUCUCUCUGUCUGUAACUUCAUCAUCUCACCCAAUCGAUGAGGAUGCUCCACAAACUUUUAUCGUCCACGUGUCCAAAUCCCACAAGCCUCACUUCUUCACUUCCCACCAUCACUGGCACUCCUCCAUCAUCCAAUCCCUUCCACCCUCUCCUCACCCCACCAAGCUUCUCUACUCCUACGAGAGAUCCAUCAAUGGCUUCUCCGCCACCCUCACCGCCGCCCAGGCUGCCAAGCUACGCGACUUCCCUGCCGUCAUCUCUGUUGUUCCAGACCAAGCCCGCCAGCUCCACACCACGCGGACUUACCGGUUCUUGGGCCUCGCUGACGGGUUUGGUCUCUGGCCCAACUCCGAUUACGCCGAAGACGUUGUGAUUGGUGUUCUAGACACCGGGAUUUGGCCUGAACGACCGAGCUUCUCCGACUCGGGUUUGUCUGCGGUUCCAUCUGGUUGGAAAGGGACAUGUGAGACCGGGCCCGAUUUCCCGGCUUCGAGUUGUAACAAGAAGAUUAUCGGAGCCAGAGCCUUCUACAGCGGCUAUUUGGCGAAAUUGGGGGGACCCAUUGUCGGAUCUAAGGAAUCGAGAUCACCCAGAGAUACAGAGGGUCAUGGCUCCCACACGGCUUCCACGGCUGCCGGAGCCGUGGUUCCGAACGCGAGUUUCCUUCAUUACGCUCCGGGAGAAGCUAGAGGAAUGGCGACCAAAGCCCGAAUCUCCGUCUACAAAAUCUGCUGGAGCUUGGGCUGUUUCGACUCGGAUAUCUUAGCCGCCAUGGACCAAGCGAUUUCCGAUGGUGUCGACAUAAUUUCGCUUUCCGUUGGGGCAAAUGGGCACUCGCCGCCGUAUUAUUUGGACUCAAUCGCAGUCGGGGCAUUCGGGGCAGCCCAGCACGGCGUCUUGGUUUCCUGCUCCGCUGGAAACUCCGGACCCAACCCGUAUACCGCCGUCAAUAUUGCUCCUUGGAUACUAACCGUCGGUGCUUCCACCAUCGACAGAGAGUUUCCGGCCGAUGUCGUUUUGGGUGACGGUAGAAUUCUGAACGGCGUGUCGUUAUACGCAGGGGAGCCUUUGGCUUCCGAUGCAAAGCUUCCGAUGAUCUACGCCGGCGACGCGGGGAAUAGGUACUGCUAUUCUGGGACUCUCGUACCUUCUAAAGUCGCUGGAAAGAUUGUCGUUUGCGACCGUGGUGGAAACGCUAGAGUUGAAAAAGGUAGUGCUGUGAAGCUCGCAGGUGGUCUUGCUUUGGUGCUAGCUAAUACAGAAGACAGUGGCGAAGAGCUCAUAGCUGAUUCUCAUCUUAUCCCAGCGACUAUGGUUGGUCAGAUUAAUGGUGAUAAAAUAAAGGAGUAUAUCAAAUCAAGUAAUGAUCCGACGGCUACUAUUCUGUUCAGGGGGACAGUAAUUGGGUCUUCCCCUGCUGCCCCGAAGGUCGCUGCUUUCUCGAGCCGUGGUCCGAGCUCUCUCACACCAGAGAUUCUAAAACCAGAUGUCAUAGCACCUGGGGUCAACAUUUUAGCUGGCUGGACUGGCUUGGUUGGUCCAACAGAUUUGGAUAUUGAUCCCAGGCGGGUUGAGUUCAAUAUAAUCUCAGGUACUUCCAUGUCUUGUCCACAUGUUAGUGGACUUGCGGCUCUGCUUCGAAAGGCUUACCCUGAUUGGUCACCGGCUGCUAUAAAAUCCGCACUGAUGACAACUGCCUACAACUUGGACAAUUCUGGCGAGACUUUUGACGAUCUUGCAUCAGGGGAAAAAUCAACCCCUUUCAUUCAUGGAGCAGGACAUGUUGAUCCCAAUAGAGCUCUCAAUCCGGGUUUGGUUUAUGAUCUUGAUGUUCAUGACUAUGUGGCGUUCCUCUGCUCUAUUGGUUAUGAUUCCAAGCGUAUAUCAAUAUUUGUUAAAACACCCACUAGUGCUGAUAUUUGUGCAACGACAUUUAAGAAAGUUGGGGCUUUGAGUAGCCCUGGUGGUCUGAAUUAUCCAUCGUUUUCGGUUGUUUUCGAUUCGCAUAACGGAUUAGUCAAGUAUAAGAGGGUUGUCAAGAACGUUGGAAGUGAAGUUGGUGCUGUUUACCAAGUGACUGUGAGUUCACCCCCGGGGAUUGAAAUCAAUGUUUCUCCUAGCAAGCUUGUGUUUACUGCGGAGAGUCAAACACAAGCAUACGAGGUUACAUUCUCAACAAGUGUUGAUUACAGUAAAUCGGCUAAGUUCGGCUCGAUUGAGUGGACUGAUGGGACUCACAAAGUUCGGAGCCCGGUUGCUUUUAGGUGGAGCAACAAUGGGCUCACAGCUUCCGAAUGAGUUUAAAGAGUUGGGGAAGAGAUCCAGCAUUGGGGUAUGCAUCCAGCAUUUGUUUUAUUGCAAGUUUGAUAUUAUUUUCUUCUUGUACAAAUUUGAAGACGCAGGUGUGACUACGGAUUAUCAUAUACACGUUCUGUGUUAUUGCUCAGAGAAAAGAAAAGAUGGUUUUGUACUACUUGGAUUGCACUGAAUUAUCAACAUGGCCAGAGUUUGGAUCUCUUAGGGGACGCAUUGUUUAACUUCGGUUUCUCAUUUUCAAAAAGAAAGCACACAUCCAACCUUGGCUCUUAAGGCUAUUUUUUUUUAUCGCAAGUACUUCUCAUUUGUGCAUAAGCUGAACGAUAGCAUAUGCCCAUUGCCAUGUCUAUUAUUUAGGAUAGCAGCUUCUCAUCUUUGGGGUUGAUCCAAAAUUUAUUUUCUCUUUUGAAUUUGCCCUGUUGAUUUAAUUUCAAUGCACCAAAUAAAUAAAUAAAAGGGAGAUGUUGCUUUA